AAAAAGUUUUGCCAUCUGUCUUGGAUUACCUCCUCUAUUAAACUCUUCCACUCCCACCACACCUCGCGUCGAGCACCUGGCAAUGCCUGCUUCCGCCCCGUCCUCCACCUCCCAGAUGCGCCCAAACCGCCUCCUUUCUUACUAGAGCCCACCCGCUGCCGCAUCCCCAAGUCACACGAACCCACCCACCCACCUCGCUUUCGCGCCGCACGCAUCUCGCGCUCGCCGGUUCUUGGUGCCGCCGUCUCUUGGCCCGUCGAAUCCAGGUGACUCGCGGCCCCGUCGCGCCGCUAGGAUCCAGGUCGUGAACAAUGGCGCCAGCGGUGGCACCACCGCUGUGCACCUGGCUCGUCGCCGCCUGCCUGUCCGCGGCCUGCGGCGCUGGCGAGAAGGAGAAGCAGCGGAGGCACGGCAGCGGCGGCAGCGUCAGGGGACUGUUCGGCUCGCGCCGCCGCCUCCGUGCUGGCCGCCGCGGCGGGGCGCGCUCUGGAAUGGCCAUGGCUGUUACUUUGCAUCCUGAAAGAGGAGCUGUGGAAAACAAGAAAAAUGAUAUCAAACAAAGGAGGGUGGUUGUCACUGGCAUGGGUGUAGUGACGCCAUUAGGCCAUGAUCCUGAUGAAUUCUACAAUAACCUUCUACAGGGUCUCAGUGGAAUAAGUGAGAUAGAGGCAUUCGACUGCUCUAACUAUCCCACGAGAAUUGCAGGAGAAAUCAAAUCAUUUUCAACAGAUGGUUGGGUUGCACCAAAGCUAGCUAAGCGAAUGGACAAGUUCAUGCAAUACUUGAUAACUGCUGGAAAGAAAGCAUUGGAAAAUGCUGGAAUCACUGAAGAAAUCAUGAAUGAGUUGGAAAAAUCAAGAUGUGGGGUUCUCAUUGGGUCUGCUAUGGGUGGCAUGAAGGUUUUUAGUGAUGCGAUUGAAGCAUUGAGAGUCUCCUACAAGAAGAUAAACCCGUUUUGUGUACCUUUUGCUACAACAAACAUGGGUUCUGCAAUACUUGCUAUGGAUCUGGGGUGGAUGGGCCCAAACUACUCUAUCUCUACUGCUUGUGCUACAAGUAACUUCUGCAUUUUGAAUGCAGCUAAUCAUAUCAGACAAGGAGAAGCUGAAGUGAUGCUCUGUGGUGGUUCUGAUGCACCAAUAAUCCCAAUUGGAUUGGGAGGUUUUGUGGCCUGUAGAGCUCUUUCACAGAGAAACAGCGAUCCAACAAAAGCUUCUCGGCCUUGGGAUGUGGAUCGCGAUGGAUUUGUCAUGGGAGAAGGGGCUGGUGUGCUUGUUUUGGAAGAACUUGAGCAUGCAAAGCAAAGAGGUGCGGAAAUAUAUGCAGAAUUUCUGGGAGGAAGCUUCACAUGUGAUGCAUACCACAUGACAGAGCCACAUCCUGAAGGGAGAGGGGUUAUUCUUUGUAUUGAAAAAGCAUUAGAAGAUGCAGGAGUAACGAAGGAAGACAUUAACUAUAUAAAUGCCCAUGCAACAUCUACACAGAUGGGUGAUUUGAAGGAAUUUGAAGCUCUCAUCCGUUGUUUUGGCCAGAAUCCUCAGCUAAGAGUGAACUCAACGAAGUCAAUGACAGGCCAUCUGCUAGGAGCUGCAGGUGGAAUAGAAGCUGUCGCUGUUAUACAAGCUAUAAGAACAGGUUGGAUCCAUCCAAAUAUCAAUUUAGAUAACCCGGAAAAAAAUGUGGAUGUCAGAAUGCUAGUGGGUCCACAGAAGGAGAGAUGUGAUGUGAAGGUGGCAUUGUCGAAUUCAUUUGGUUUUGGUGGGCACAACUCAUCAAUUUUGUUUGCGCCCCUCAAGUGAUCUCUGUUGAUGAUUUGCUUUCUUGUGGUUGGUACACAUCAGGGAAUCGGUACCUUUUAUAAGGCUACCAGGCUCAGCGACUUUUCCUGUACUGCAAAAUUUACAAAGAAAUCCAAGCACAGUACAAUAUAUUGCCAUACAACCGAAAGAUAGCAAUUGAGUUCAUUUGUAAUAGAGAAUUAAAAAAUUCCAAGGGGGGGGGGGGGGAGGGGGCGUUGAGAUGUUCCAUGUGCCCGUUGGUCCAUUUUAUUUGUUCGGAUGCUUAUUGUACUUGUCAUACAGGAACGUUAUUUGGACCGGUAUUUUUGGUGUAGCCGUGUGCCCGACAGAUACAGUACUUUUCUUAUAUAUUCAGUACAAACUGAUCCCUUUGUCGAGCACGCAGGUGCUAUGGUUUUAGUUGUUUGGUUUUGUAAUGUGUAAUGAGCUAUUGCGACGUGAGUACUGAGUUGCUAUUUUGAUUUCUAUUCGGUAUGAGUCUGCUUACA